CUCCGCGGCCCGGCAACCACAAAGAUUUCGGCGGGGUGGGGAGGGGAGGGGAGGGGGGGCGCGGCUCGGGGCCUUGCCGGGCCCCUCCGCACGGGGAUCGCUUCGGCUCCGCUCGGCUCGGUUCGGCCCCGCCCGGGAGGGGCUCGGCGGAGGGGUCUGUGACGAUGGAAGAGAAGGUCCAUCAUCGAGAAGCCUGAACGGUGAUAUCAGGACAGCAUUUGAAACCCUGGAGAUACUAGUCUGACAUACAAGAGGCAGCAAAUAUGUUGAAGCCAAGUGGACUUAAAAUCCCCGGCAGGGCAGGGAAGCACUCCAGCCCCGUGGGACGAGCGUCGGGGACGACUGCAGCUGCUGUCACCACUGGUUCAAAAGAAGGCUCGCCCUUACACAAGCAGGGCACCACCUCCACCACCAGCGCCGAGAAGUCGGGCUCAAAAGUCGCCGAGGUGGGCGACGACUUCCUGGGAGACUUCGUGGUGGGAGAACGCGUCUGGGUGAAUGGAGUGAAGCCAGGAGUGAUCCAGUACCUCGGGGAGACGCAAUUUGCUCCGGGCCAGUGGGCAGGGGUCGUUCUGGAUGACCCGGUGGGUAAGAAUGACGGCUCGGUCGGUGGAGUGCGUUACUUCGAGUGCCAGCCGCUGCAGGGCAUCUUCACGCGACCGUCCAAGCUGACGCGGCAGCCGGUGGCCGAGGGCUCGGGGAGCGACGCGCCCUCCGUGGACUCUCUGACGGCCCAGAACUUGUCGCUGCACUCGGGGACAGCCACGCCGCCCCUCUCCACCCGCGUCAUCCCCCUGCGGGAGAGCGUCCUCAACAGCGCCAUGAAGACGGGCAACGAGUCCGGAUCGAACCUCUCGGACAGCGGGUCUGUGAAAAAGGGGGAGAAGGACCUACGGCUUGGAGAUCGCGUGCUGGUCGGUGGGACGAAGACGGGAGUUGUUCGCUACGUGGGAGAGACGGAUUUUGCCAAAGGAGAGUGGUGCGGCGUGGAGCUGGACGAGCCCCUGGGGAAGAACGACGGGGCCGUGGCUGGUACCAGGUAUUUCCAGUGCCCUCCCAAGUUCGGCCUCUUUGCUCCCAUCCACAAGGUGAUCCGCAUCGGCUUCCCAUCGACCAGCCCUGCCAAGGCCAAGAAGAGCAAACGGAUGGCCAUGGGGGUGUCUGCCUUAACCCACAGCCCCAGCAGCUCCUCCAUCAGCUCCGUCAGCUCCGUGGCAUCGUCCGUCGGGGGCCGGCCCAGCCGCAGCGGGCUGCUGACAGAGACCUCCUCACGUUAUGCCCGAAAAAUCUCUGGCACCACAGCUCUGCAGGAGGCGCUGAAGGAGAAGCAGCAGCACAUCGAGCAGCUGCUGGCAGAGCGUGACCUGGAGCGGGCUGAAGUUGCCAAAGCCACCAGCCACAUCUGCGAGGUGGAGAAGGAGAUUGCCAUCAUGAAGGCCCAACACGAGCAGUACGUCACAGAGGCAGAGGGAAACCUCCAGCGGGCACGAGCACUGGUGGAUGGAAUGCAAAAGGAGAAGAUCGAACUGCUGAACCAGCUGGAAGAAGAGAAGAGGAAAGUGGAGGACUUGCAGUUCCGCGUGGAGGAAGAAUCCAUAACCAAGGGGGAUUUGGAGACUCAGACGCAGUUGGAGCAUGCCCGAAUACGGGAGCUCGAGCAGAGCCUGCUGUUUGAGAAGGCACAGGCUGAAAAACUCCUCAGAGAAUUAGAGGACACCAGGCUAACCACGGUAGCGGAGAAGUCCAGGAUCCUGCAGCUGGAGGAGGAGCUGAGCCUCAGGCGCAGCGAGGUGGACGAGCUCCGGCAGUGCCUGAGGAGCUCUCACCAGGCAGAGGCUCCCGAGCAUCACCUCGGCUUGCAGUCAGAGGCUCUUCGGUUACGUGAUCAGCUGCUGUCUGCCAACAAGGAGCACCAGAAGGAGAGCAGCCAGCUAAAGGAGAAGUACGAGAAGACACUAAAGAAGUACCAGCAGGAGAUGGAGAAGCUGAAAGCCGUCAAUGAGAAGUAUUCACAAGAAAUCGUUGACCUCAAGCAUAAGGUUCAGCAAGCCACUAACGAGAACAUGGGGCUCAUGGACAACUGGAAGUCCAAGCUAGACACGUUAGCUUCUGACCACCAGAAGUCUCUGGAGGACCUCAAAGCCACACUGAACACUGGCCCCGACACCCAGCACAAGGAGAUCGUGGAACUGAAGGCAGUGGUGGAGAGUAUAAAGAUGGAGCACCAGCUUGAGCUGGAGAACCUGAAAGCAAAGCACGACAUUGAGACAGCUGUUCAUAUAAAGGAGAAAGAGAGCCUCAAACUGAAGUUGCAGGAGGCUGUGGAUGAAGUGGAAAAAAGCAACAGCGACUGGAAAAUGCAACUGGAAACCAAAAGCAAUCAGCACCUUCUUGAGCUCCAAGAUAUGAAGGACAAGUGUCGAGAUGCAGAGCUGAGGGUGCAUGAACUGGAGAAACUCCACAGUGAAUAUAAAGACCAGACACAAGCAAUAGCUUUCUUGAAAGAGCAGAUUUCUUUAGCUGAGAAGAAGAUGUUGGACUAUGAAACGCUACAGAAAACAGAAGCCCAGAGCAAACAGGAGAUCCACAGACUGCAGGAAAAAGUGCUUGUCUUAGAGAACAAGCUGCAGUCCAUGGAAGCCCUGCAUCCUUCUCAGCAUGCAAAUAUGAUUGAUACUAAUGACAUUUCAGAAGAAAAAAUAAGGAUGAAGCAGACUAUGGAAGACCUCCAAGACAAGCUGAGUAAACGAGACAAAGAGGUGUCAUCGCUGGUGUCCCAGACUGAAACCCUAAGGGCCCAAGUAAGUGCUUUGGAAAAUAAAUGCAAAAUUGCAGAAAAGAAGGCAGAUUCGGUGUUAAAAGAAAAGAAGAGGCUGGAAGGCGAGCUGGAAGCCCUGACCAAGAAAACACACGAUGCUUCGGGGCAGCUGGUCCUGAUUAGCCAGGAGCUGCUCAAGAAGGAAAGGAGCCUGAAUGAGCUGAGAGCACUCUUACUGGAGGCAAACCGGCACUCACCGGGGCCAGAGCGGGACCUGAGCCGGGAGGUGCACAAAGCCGAGUGGCGGCUGAAGGAGCAGAAGCUCAAAGAUGACAUCAAAGGGCUGCGAGAGAAACUGGUCGUGCUGGACAAGGAAAAAUCAGUAACGGAUCAGAGGCGAUACUCCCUGAUCGACCCCUCCUCGGAGUCAGAAGUGAUCCGGCUGCAGCACCGGCUGGUCAGCACGGAGGACGUGCUGCGCAACGCGCUGGAGCAGGGCCACCAGAUGGAGAAGCUCAUGGAAGCAAUGAGGCUUUCCUCGGAGAAAGCACAGACUGUUGGAAAUUCUGGGUCUGCUAAUGGGAUUCACCAGCAGGAUAAAUCCCACAAACAAGAGGAGAAGCUCUGAUAGAGAAGAGGUGGAGAGGAUCAUUUCAUGCCAGUAUCAGCUCCUGUGCACAGUCAGGAAAACCAAUACCACAUCUGGCUUUAGCACCUCCAAAAGACUAGACACAGUAUUUUCACUUUAAAGCAGGACAAUGUUUAUAAUGUACUAACUGAUGUAAUCAGGACAAUCCUGGAGUCCAGCUUUCCAAGACAGCCAUUGUUCCAGGAGGAAGCAGAAAGAUCUCUCUGGGUUUGGUUUCUUACCUGUAUUGAUUUUGACUGUGGAAUUUGUAUUGUUUGAGCUGCCCUUGCUCCACUGUCUGUGAUCUGGGUCACAGCUGCCCCUGAUGGUAGCUGAAGUGUCAGUGAGGCCCUGUAACCCCACAGGAACAGUCAAGGGAUUUGCUUGUGGUGUUAAGCUCCAAAGCACGUGCCCCGAGGCAGCACGCUUCCCCCAUGGUCUGUCCCUGCCCUUCCACCCACCCCAGUGUCUUGAAGACCUGCACAAGCGAGUGAAACCUGCUGGGCUGACUGUUCGCACCGGUACACGUAGGCUGAGGAGGACGGGGUGUGGGGAAGCGUCUCCUUCCUCACCUGGCAGAAGACAUCUGGUUCUGGAGCAUGGCGGCUUCGCUGAGUACUUGUAUCAUAGCAUGUCGUGGGGAAUGAUCUGGUUUUAGAGGGGUAUUUAUUUCAUUUGGGUAAGGAGCUGUGCUGGCUCUGAGAUGGGGCAGGCACACCUCGCUCAGCUUUGGCUGGUCUCUCCCUGCAGAGAGGUCUCUGAGCAGGCCUGAUGGUAUCCUGGGCCGCAGCCGGGCUGCCCGGCCUGGUCUCCCUGCUUCACGUUCAUCUUUCUUGGGCUUUUUUGGGUCUUCUGAGCACCAGGCUCCACAGCCAGCCACAUCCCAGCAUCACCGGCCUGAGGGCUCCGUGCUGGCUGCAGUCUGUGGGACAGGUGCCUUGAGGAGGUGGUGCCCUCCCUGCCUGUUAAAUUUAACAGCUAAUUGGGGACUGCCUGCCCUUGGCUUUGGUACAGUGUCUGUCCCCUGCUGCUGGGAAUGCAGGAGGCUGAGGCGCUGCUGUGAGCGUUUAUGCAGGCUGUCUGGAUCUGAUGGGUACAGAAAUGCUGUGUGUGACACGAACACAAGCAAUUGGAGCAGAAGGAAUCCGAGUCUGGAGCCCACACAGCUCUCGUGUCUGCGCAGGGCAGUGCAGGCUCAGGCAAGCACCCAAAUUUGCAGCUGGGACCCUGAGCGUGCAGGUGGGUGCUGCUGUCUCCUUGUGCCAUGACAGUGGGCACCGGCUGGCUCACGAAGGAAACGUGGGGUUGGUUUGGUCUUGUUCCUUCUUCUGGAGCCUUUAUUCCUCUCUGCAUCUUUGCACCACAGCUCUUGGGGAUAUUAGGAUGGAGUAAGACGAGAAUAUGCUCUUAAAGCUGUGAAACAGCAUCCUGUGAAAGAGUCCAGUUCAGCUUCACUGUUUAGUACUACAGGGAAAAAUAAUAGCAAUAUUUUACCAGGCUUCCCUUAGUGCCUGACUCCUCCAGUUUUCAGAAGCUCUUGUGUGAUGAGGGGACAUCUGUGAACGAGAAGAGAGGAGGCCACUGACAGAGGAGAUCCUGAGCCAGGCCACGGGCAGACGAACACCACAGCGUGUCAGCUUCACUUCUUCUUGCCCUGAUUUCCUAUGAAACUGUGCCACUUCUUCUUAGUGGGUUGCCAGGCUGCAUCCAGGCUGCGAUAUAGUGCUGGGCCCUGCUCACUCGCUGCAGGACUGAUGAGCUUCCCCCCACUCAAGGGAGGAAAAGAGAGGGAGGUGACUUGAGGGGAGUAAAGCGGGUCAAGAAACACGGCUUACAUCUGGCUCGUGGCAGGGGGAGGAAGGCUGUGGGAUCGACUUGGCUGGAAAUGGUUCAACUGGGAUCCCGUCCUGCCUUGUAGAAGUGUCUAAUCAGUUCUCACUAAUCACCAGGAAGAUUACCACCUAUCUGCCUAGCACUGGGACGUUUCAGGGGACCAAAAUCCUUCUGGUUGGUGUAUUCAACUCCAUCGCUUCAGAAAAUCCCAGAGAGCAUUCCUUGUUCCAGCUUGCAAUAGCGAAUACCUCAGCAGGAGCUGCUGUCUUUGAGAAUUUGGUGUUGGUGUCUCCCAAAGUUAUCCUGUUGGCCAAAUGGCCCUGCAGUCACUGUCACAGCUCCCGAUGGCAGCAGAGCGGGGGCGAGGCUGGUGCCCCUCGCUGUGCCACCUGUCUCCAAGCCCAGGGCUUCCUGGGCACCCACGGGUGGGCGAGCCCCUUCUGUUCCAUGACUUAUUUUCCACUUCCCUUGAUGAACCUUUGGCUCCGCACAGGGCAGGAUCCCCCAGGAGUGGUUCUGGGGAGCAUGCAUGUGGCUCCAACGAAGGAAUUCCUGGGUUGGCACUGGUUCAGGCUGGGGGAGAAGCUGGCUCCUGCCUCCCCUAGAGACUGUCCCCUCUGAGCGGUUCAGUCCCACGGCUUCUCCCGGUCAGCUCGGGUGAGGCUGCAGGACAGCAGCAGAUGGGUCAGAGCAGGUUUAAAGUUAAUGCUGGUGGUCUUCUCCUGCUGUAAAGAGCUGUGCUGCUCCCUACGGCUCAGCCAGGAGCUGAUGGCACUGCUCAGCAGAGGCUGUGCCAAAACAGGCAGCGGGGUGGAGCUGGGUCCCUUGUGUCCGCACCCCCCCUUGGGGUGCAGGUCCAUGGGAGCUGCUCCCCAGGCACAGGACACGUUAUCACACAGUCUGGGCUUCAGCUCACCCUCAUGAAGUGGCCAGGAGGAGGCUGGCCACCAGCCACGUCCUCCCUCACCAAAAGGCUUCCCAAGGGCACCUGCCUCCAUUGGCUGCUCUGCAGAGGUUGUCAGAGACCAAACUAGGGACAAACUCGGAAAGGACAAGGAGAUUCCCCAGCUCCUCUAUUUAUUUGUAAGUUUAAUUGCUAUUUUUGCCUAUUUGUGGUGGUGUAUAAAGUAUUUCUCAAUAUUUGGUCUUACUGGCUUCGUUCUUUGGGGGAGGUUUCCAAGGGCAUUGCAGCGCUGAUGCACCCAUCUCUUGUCGUUGGUCAGGGACUGGUUCCUGUUUGUGCCUUUACUCCCCCUUCGGCUUCAGCCACGCUCUUGUCUCCAUCCCCGAGAGCCAGCGGGGGGCUGCGUCCCCCCAGCACGGGGCAGGGAGCGGAGCAGGAGCUCGCCCCACGCCCGCAGGCUCCUUGGUUCGCUACCACUAUGGUUAGUGAUGGAUUUCUGCUGAAGGCUGAGAAAUUCAGGUAUAUCAUGGCUCCGUGCUGGGCAGGAAAUCGUCCUGCUCCAUCUUCAGUCAUUUCUUCUCUAACCCUCUUGACCAAAAGGUAAAAAAAAAAAAGUAAAUAAAAUCAGUCCUGGUUGGUGAUUUCAGCUUUAUUCCUCCUGCAACAGCCGGAGCCCUGGAUAAGGGGCAGUACCCUGCUGCUGCCCUAUGGUGGGGGGGGAAGGCAUCAGCCCAGGCUUUAUGGCUCUCACCUACCCCAGCGGUUCCUCUGGCUUGCAGAAGAGGUGCAUGAGGGUUUCAAUAAAACACAGUAAUGCAAAUGACACUGUAAACGUCUUAACAAAAAUUCCAGUACUCUGUUGUUUGGCAGCUUUAGCAGCUCAACACUAUCUUGUAGGGAACUAUUAAUACACUAAGAUCCUAUAGGCCUCAUGUAAGUUACCAGAAUAAAGGUGAUACUAGAUGUAUAAAUGGAUGAUAACCUUUUACCCGUACAGUAUGUAUUACAAUUUUGUAGCUUAGUCAUUUUUGGCUAUCAGAUUUUGUUAGUAUGAUAAAAAAAAAAAAAAAAGACAAAAAAAAAGGUUUGACUGCUAAUGUCUAUUUUGUUAUUUGAUUCAUUUUCUUUCUUCCUCUGUACAAAAGCUGUACAAAUCUCGGUCUGUGUAACUACUCCAGAUAUGUAUUCAUGUACCAUCACCCCUGUCCUGGCUUGCUGGUGUGGUGAGCUCAUUACUAAAUAAAAUCUGUGGCUGAAGUCAG